AAACUCGGGACAGAAGCGCGCGAGGAACAGGAGAGCUAGUGGAGUGAACUCUGGAAUCUGCUGCAUCUAGAACUUCAAAGCAGCGCGUUUCACCACUCAACGUUCCGAAAUGGAAGAGCUGAGGGUUCCAUCAAAGAAAGACCUGGUGUGCCCAGAGGCUGCCAAGUAUGCCGAAGACCAUACGUUACGGCUGCAUCCAGUACAAAAGAAACUCAUGGAGAUCACCAAAAGUCACGUGUACGGCUCCAUGUUGGGGGACAGCUGCCAGCUGCAGUUCUUCCAGAUCCUGCUCAAAACAAUGUCGGCUAAAAAGUACCUCGAAAUAGGCACAUUCACGGGAUGCAGCGCCGUGGCCGCCGCGCUGGCGCUGCCUCCGGAUGGAAAGGUGGUGGCGCUGGACCUACACGAGGGCCUGGUCAACGUUGGCAGGCCACAUUGGAAGGAAGCCGGUGUGGAGAACAAGAUUGAGCUGAGGUUUGGGCCCGCAGUUGAAUCCUUAGACGCCCUGCUGCGUGAGGGCCAGGCGGGAACGUUCGACUUCGUGUUCAUCGACGCUGACAAGGAAAACUACGACAACUACUACGAGAGGUCCCUGCAGCUGGUCAGGAAGAACGGUCUCAUCGCCAUCGACAAUGUGCUGUGGCGCGGCCUGGUGUACGACGCUAACGACAAUUCAACGGAAGUGACGUCACUGCGGGCGUUUAACAAGAAACUGCACCAGGACGAGCGGAUAGACGUGUGCCUGCUACCACUCGCUGACGGGCUCACGUUUGCUCGCAAAAAAUGAUCCGACAUGUGUGAGAGUUGACGAAGUCUUACUACGUCAACAGACACCCUAACGUCUCCAAUAAGGUAUUUCAUAAGCCUUGUAAACUGGCCCCGAGAAAUAGACACGUCAUUCCCCAUACAAAUCCUUGUUGGAUGCCACCUUCGUUUCGUUUGUUGUUUUGAAAGCGAAGCUUUCAUUGCGAUCUCUGGCGGGCUUUCCUGACAGCGGCUGGGUGCUGCUGUCUUCCCCAAGCAAAAAAAAAUAAAUAAAAAAAAAAAAAAUAUAGAAUUGCAUAUUCUCGAAGAAAGAAGGCAUCACCACGCACAGCAGAAGACAACAGCACAAGACAGAGACAUCAGAAGACCAAAGACAAGAUAGCAGAAGACGUCAACAGCAAAACCGAAGAUAAUGUACGUCAAGAAAAGUUAGAAUUUAACACCACAGCCAUUGUAUAUCUUUCUAUGAAACUAAGAGACCAAAACCUGUACGUCAAGACAGCAUCGUCAUAUUAUGUAAUAUUCUAAUUUUUAUAUAUAAUCCUUCAAUAAAUCCCGCAGCCACCUGUUCUCCCGGCUUUGGUUUCGCCGAU